GUGCAAAUCCACAGCAUGCUAGUUUUGAAUGGAGGGCCUUUGGGAGUGACACCUAUGAAGGCAGGUUCACAGCAGCGCAAUGGGACUGUUUACUGUAUCUCUGUCACGCUGAUUAGGGGUGAGCAGGGCUGGCUGGGGGAGGCGGGGAAAGAUGAUGCUAAGCCUGCCUCGGCAGCAGAUAGGAGUGCCUCCUGGGAGAAGCAGGGAGUGUGCUUAGUCUCUGGAGGUAGCUCGGGGGAAAGGAGUCCUUCAGGAGCCCCAUGCAAGCUCAGUCUAAAUACUGACUUUAGAGGCAGAGCGAGGAGUGACUGUGUCAAUGCUGGCAAGGAAAAAAUGAAGGAGGACAGGUUUAUAGAACAGAGUAACUCUUUGAAAAACUUAGAGACAACCCACGAAGGAAUUCCUCAGUCUCCUGCACUACAGGAGCAGCACUGGAAUGACUGCCGUUCAGAUCCAGGAGAACUUUCCCUUUUGGACUCUCCCCCACUGCCCGAGCAGCAACAGCAGGAUUCUGCAUGUCCCUCAAACCCUGGGCAAGUUAAGCUCAGAAGAGCACUUCAGAACCAGCCUCCUUAUGACAGGAGGGCUGUGAGCAUGUACAGCGCAUCCAGCAAAGUGGAGUUUGCAUUGAGAGCCACCCAGGUGAGGCAGGGGAGACCCAAGAGCAUCUGUAUUGUGGCGGGUGGCAAGACAGUGGCUGGAUUCAACUCUGAACCGACCUCCCCACCUCCCCAGCCACACAGUACAGUGAGCAGCCUGAUUGAGCUUCUUAGGCAGCAAAAAGUAAAGGAAAUGGAUCUUCAUGCUGGGUGUGCUGGUAAUGCCAGCAAGAACCCAGGGGAGGCCACUAAGGCUCUGGUCUUCCCCCAGGAGGUACCCAUGAGGCCAAAACCAAAGGGCAAGCGCAGAACGGUCAGCAUGACCUUCUUGGAGAUCAACAAGGUGGUCCCGCGGGUAGAGCAGCUGGGCUCCGAGGAUGAUCUUGAGUCGGAACGCUUCUCUGGCUUCAGCCGGACCAGCAGCAGCUCCAGCUUCCUGAGGUCUGGAUUCCGCUGGAAGAUGUUUGGGAAAUCUGCUGGGGAAGACGGGAAGUCGCCCCAGCAGGGCACAAAAGAGGAAAGCCCAAAAAGGACCCUGGCAUCUUUCAGGAGAAGUCUGAGCUUAAGAAUAAGGAGAGGGCUUAAUAAAGGGGAAUGCGAGGAGGCGGAUGGCCGCAUCCGUGCAAAAAGCGACGGAGAUGCCAAUCUCUAUCCCCAGCGCCCAUUCUCUUAUUUGAACGGAGGACUCCUGCCUCCUCUUCCUGGCAAGACAGGGUCCUCUACAGAGGAUAGUGUGUUUCACUACAUGAGGUACCAGAGCAAAGGGAAGCUCAAAGUCCUGGAGAUCCCUGAUCACCCCAAGCUCUCCAAACCCAGCACAGACGAGCCUAGCGUGUGGAGGUUGCUGACUGAGCGUUUUAGGAAAAAGGAACAAUCUCCUCCCGACAAAUCUGAAAUAAACUUUCAUAACACACAGCCUGUAAAAAUCCCUCUGGCCAGGAAAAAGAGACCAGAACUUGUUGCCAUAGAGACUGUUACUGGCACACAACACAGUGAAACUCAAGACUCCUUUGUGAACAGCCAAGAAUGGACGUUAAGUCAAUCCGUACCAGAGCUCAAAGUGGGUAUUGUAGGCAACCUAUCAAGUGGGAAAUCGGCACUGGUCCACAGGUACCUGACUGGCACAUACGUACAAGAGGAAUCCCCUGAAGGUGGCAGGUUUAAGAAGGAGAUUAUUGUGGAUGGACAGAGUUACCUCCUUUUGAUCAGAGAUGAAGGAGGUCCUCCUGAAUUACAGUUUGCCGCCUGGGUUGAUGCUGUGGUCUUUGUCUUCAGUCUGGAAGAUGAAAUCAGUUUCCAGACAGUGUAUAAUUACUUCCUGCGGCUCUCCAGUUACCGAAACACAGCUGAGGUCCCCAUGGUCCUUGUUGGCACACAAGAUGCAAUCAGUGCUGCGAAUCCCAGAGUUAUUGAUGACUCCCGGGCGAGGAAACUAUCCAAUGAUCUGAAGCGAUGCACUUACUAUGAGACCUGCGCCACGUACGGUCUCAAUGUGGAGCGCGUGUUCCAGGACGUUGCCCAGAAGGUGGUAGCUUUAAGGAAAAAGCAGCAGCUUUCUAUCGGUCCCUGCAAGUCUCUGCCAAACUCUCCCAGCCACUCCUCCGUCCCCUCCUCCUCCUCCAUCCCCUCGGUGCACAUUAACCAGGCGACCAAUGGCAGUGGCGGGUUCAAUGACUAUUCCUCUUCUGUCCCGUCAACUCCCAGCAUCAGCCAGAGAGAGAUGCGGAUCGAGACCGUUGCGGCCUCCAACACACCCACUCCUAUCCGCAAGCAGUCCAAGCGCCGCUCCAAUAUCUUCACAUCUCGAAAAGCCAGUGAGCAGGCAAAGAGCGUGGACUGCAAAACAGACAACAUUGGAAGUGGACGGGCCAUUCCUAUAAAACAGGGUAUUCUCCUCAAGAGGAGUGGCAAGUCUCUGAACAAGGAGUGGAAAAAGAAGUAUGUCACGCUGUGUGACAACGGUGUCCUCACCUACCACCCCAGCCUACAUGAUUACAUGCAGAACGUCCAUGGCAAAGAGAUUGAUUUGUUGAGGACAACAGUGAAGGUACCUGGAAAACGACCACCGAGAGCUAUGGCCACGACUGCACCUACUGCCAGUCCCAAAACCAACGGGCUCACUAAGGACAGGAGCAACCUGCAGCUAGUGCCAGGGAAUACUGGGGCCCCCCACUCCACCAGCAGCAGCUCCCUGCAGUCAGAGCGCUCGGUCAGUGGCAUCAACCUAGUGGCCUACAACGCCAAGCCUGACGGGAUUCACCAGCGCUCCUUCUCCGUGUCCAGUGCUGACCAGUGGAGUGAGGCCGUCAUCACCGCCAGCAGCGGCACCGGCGCUGCUAACGGGACAGCAGACUCUCUGUGCUCCAGCCCCAUUGUGUCAAGCACAACCAGCCCAAAGCUGGAACCCCCACCGUCGCCCCACGCCAGCCGCAAGAAACACAGGCGGAAAAAGAGCACGGGUGUAACGAAACCAGACGGGCCCAUGACGGGCAAUGAAGAGCAAGAGGAGUCAUUUGAGUUCAAUAUUGUGUCGCUGACUGGUCAGAUGUGGCAUUUCGAGGCAUCCACCUAUGAUGAGAGGGAGUCUUGGGUCCAGACUAUCGAGAGCCAAAUCUUUGCCAGUUUACAGUCAUGCGAGAGCAGCAAAAACAAGUCCCGGUUGGGUAGUCAGAGUGACGCACACGCCAUCCAGUCAAUCCGUAACGUAAGAGGGAACAGCUUCUGUGUGGACUGUGACGGCCCUAACCCAGACUGGGCCAGUUUGAACCUCGGUGCCCUGAUCUGUAUCGAAUGUUCUGGAAUCCACCGGAACCUUGGCACGCAUCUGUCGCGUGUGCGCUCUCUGGACCUGGACGACUGGCCAGUGGAGCUCAGCAUGGUGAUGACGGCUAUUGGCAACGCCUUGGCCAACAGUGUCUGGGAGGCCUUGGUUGAGGGCUACACCAAACCUACUUCAGACAGCUCGAGGGAGGAAAAGGAGUGCUGGAUCCGGGCAAAGUACGAGCAGAAGUUGUUUUUGGCGUCGUUGCCCCAGUCCGAUGUGCCCUUGGGACAGCAGCUGCUCCGGGCUGUGGUGGAGGACGACCUGAGGCUGGUGGUGCUGCUCCUGGCCCACGGCUCCAAGGAGGAGGUGAACGAGACCUACGGGGAUGGGGAUGGAAGGACUGCUCUGCACCUGUCGAGCGCCAUGGCCAACGUGGUCAUCACGCAGCUUCUCGUCUGGUAUGGCGUGGAUGUGAAGAGCAGGGAUGCCCGUGGCCUGACCCCACUGUCCUACGCACGGAGAGCUGGCAGCCAGGAGUGCAUUGACAUCUUGAUCCAGCACGGCUGCCCCAACGACAACUUCAUCCCCAUCCCCACACCCAACCUAUCCCGCCGCAACACCAACAACAACAAUGCCCAGUGUGAGCUGAACCGCAGCGCCAGCAUCAUGUAGCCAGGGUGGGGAAGAGACCACAGAGGGACAGCAACCACCUGUUACUCAACACAUCUGACUUGAUCUCACCCAGCCUCUCUUGCCACCAAGCCCUGUCUUGGUUAAUAGACUUGGCGGAGAAGGGGUUCUGUGGCAUAACGGGUAUGCGAGUGGGGGUGGUGGUGGUGGGGGGGGGGGCUUCAUCUGGGGGGAUUUUAUUGCCAUACAGUAGGUAUCGGCCACCAUCCCAGAAGAAAGAAAACAAAACAACAUUUUCUUUGGUUCAUUUCAGUAAGCAACAUCACCACCCCAAUGCCCUAUAUCAUAAUGAGGUAAUUACAGCAGUCAAUGACAGGGAAUAAGUGACAUUUACUUUUACUGGGGCUUCCUUCCAUUCUGAAGUUAGCUGCUGAACUUCAGCCUUUUUUUUUUUUUUGGACCAGUUGCAAGAAUGGCACAAGCUACAAUACAUAUAUCUUUGAGUCAGUUUAAACUGAAGGUGAAAUGGUGACAAAACACUACACAGAGAUUUAAUGAAAAAAUAAUCUGCAAGACAAAUUCAGCCAAGCAGCUUUUUUUUAUUAUAUAUACUAUAUAUAGUAUUGGGGAAACAACUUAUUUUUUUGAUUUUUUUUUUUUUUCAUCAAGCUAAAUCAAUCCUUUCUGCCUCAGCUUUCAAGACCUCCCCUGGUGUUUGACCCUCAGCGCCUGUGAUUGCCAUGGGAUCCUUAUUGUGCUGAGAGAAAUACAUUGCACUCUUCUCGUUAGACAGAAGAUGCUUUUUGUGAUAUUACUGGACAUGUUCAGGUGGCUUGCUCUUCUGUGUUUUUAGGGUCUGUUUCCAGUACCAAUUUCAUCAAACAUACAGUUUUAUUGACGUUUUGUGCUGUGCGCUGUGUUCACCGCUUCUAGGUAUUGUACCAUAUUAUCAGUUUUAUUGUCGCCUUGCACUAUGUCCUGUCUUUCCAAAGCUUUAUCUAAGUAGUUAACAGUACAUACUGUGUUUUACUGCAGACCUGUUCUGUAUGUUGUCAUAUUGCCUUCCUGGAUGUGUAGGAUAUUCAGCGUUGAUUGCAUUCUUCAUCCUUAACUGAGUAGGACUGUAUUAACCCCAUUCAGCUUUAUUACAGUGGAAAUCUGUUUCUUGUAUCCUGUGUUUAUUUUUGUUGUUGUUGAGGUAAAACUAUUUAAAACUUAAAAAAAAAAAAAAAAAAAGCGACAAAGUGGGUUUACAUCAAAGCAUUCGUUUCAUCUAGGUUUACCUGAGCAUUUCCGAGUGUUUUUCAAGUUUUUUUUUUAUUUUGUAUUAUUGUAAUGCUAUGCUAUGCUCAUCUCACAUUUUUGGAGUUGUUUACCACUACAGCUGAGCAGGCAGGAGCACUAAUGCUUUAAAAAAAAAAAAAAAAUCAUUAGGAGUUUGGAUGGUCCUGAGUUCUGUGCACAAGUAGAAUUGCUGUUCUUGCUCUUCCUGACAGAGAGAAUGUGUUUGCUGACUACUGACCUUUUUCGCACUGCCUAAAGGUGUUGUGGUCUUGUUGAAAUAUUUAGGCUUGCAACACCUAUUCUAAAGACUGUGUUCAUUCAUGCCCUUCUGUUUUAUAAGUCCAAAGUCUCGAAGCUUAUUUGAAACUUGUUCUUCCACCUGCACUUUUAAAACCAAAGCCAUGCCAGACUUGUGUAGCUUUUUGUACAAGGCAAUAAUGUCGUUUCAGAAGUGAUUUUAACUGAUUUAUUGCAGAAGCUGGACUUGCGCUGCAGUAUUGUAGUGCACUUCGCUGUUAUGUCAAUCUCCCUUCAUUUUGGGACAUGGCAAACUCCCAAAGAUUGUUUUAUAGCCUGUUUUUCUUUUAUACUGUAAUUAUUUUUUGUAUCAUUUGUCAGCUCCUUACCAAUGUUCUGUUCUUUUUUGUCCAAGUGGAAAGGCUGUACCCCUGCCUUGUGAACCAUGUUGUUAUUUCUGCACAGAACUAAGGAACAUUCAGAAAACUCACAUGCACCUGUGUUAUAAAAUUGCCACACUAUUGGGGAAUUAACUAUCGUGAUUGCAUCCAAUUUAUCAAUAGGUUAUUGUCUCUGCAGUCAUGACCUUUGUGAUACACUAGCACGAGCGGAGCAAUUACUUCUCUGUUGCCUUAUAAGCAGUAAGACAAAGUGAAUGAUCUAUUUUGAGGUGCUUUUAAAGUGUUGCAGCUGAAUGGAUGGAGUGAUUUGUUCACUCUGCACCUACUGGAAGCUUCGUAAUAUCCUCACUAGAGAGGACUGUCUUAUAUAUUGGGUUUUGUUUUCAGGUUUUAUCAGAUUUUCCCCCCAAAUCCUGUUUUUUUUUUUUGGUUGUUUUUAUACAAUUCCCCCCUGUUUCUUACUAAAUUGAAAAUUUAAAUUAUAACACAAAGUAAUAAUUUGUUAGUUCCUUUUUGGGUACUGAUCAAUCAUAGUGCUUUCACCACAGUCUUGAAAGGUUCUACAUCCUGCAGCACCAUAGAGAUUUUUAAAAUGUAAAUUGUAGAAAAUUUUCACCUGGAAAUCAAUAGAAGAAACUGAUUUCCUCCUAUUUUUUAAAGAUUAUAGAUGAAUACAGUAUAAAAAUAGAACAGCAGAAAAGAAAAAAGAAAGAAAGGUUGUUGCUUUUCAAUCUGUGUUUUAGUACUAAAAACCUUUGGUUUUGCACUAUGCAAAUAUAUACAAAUUACUUCAUCAUGCUCCAUGUUGGUUUGAAGAAUCCUAACCAAAGCUGUCAGUGGGCUUUAUUCGUUAUGCAUUAUUUUACUCUAGAAUAAUUGAUCAGUUUGUUUUGCAGUAACAUGCUUUUACUAGUCAGAUUUUACAGAAGUGUACACCCAAGACAACCUAUGUGAUUGUUCUGAAGGUGCGUUGAUUACAAAUGAGAGGGCUCAAUCUGUUUAUCAAGCAGUAAGGUGCUUUAACCUUUAACCAUUGUUUCUUUCAAAUCAUGUUCUGAUUUAUUCUGAGGUACCCUGAUCAGUUUAAUCAGGACGUCAUUAUCCCUGUAGGAGAUUCUCUUGUAUGUUAUACAUGGCAUAUUAAACAGUAAAACACAGUGCAAACACUACCCCAUGCCAUACAGUGUUUGUAACGCAGGAUGAGAAGUAGCAAAGCAGCCUUUGUAGACAAAUGUACUUGUUACAGGAUCUUACAUUUUUAAGUGUGAAAUAAUUUUGAAGGGGUGGGAUCUAAACCAUUGUGUAAGUGGGGGAUGUAGGUGGAUAAGAUGGGAAACAGGUUCGAUUCUAAGUAUAUCCUGGUACACAGCCAAGCCUAAUAAUCAGUGACUGCUCUCAAUCAAUCAUCAGCUUCAAAACGCUGAACUGCUAAGAGUGUAGGGAUACAAAUUAGAGGAAGGGGCGUGGGACCAGUGGACAUGCAGGUAGGCUGCUAUAUUAGCUAUUGUAAACUGUGUGUGUGCGUGCUUGUUGGAGAGAGAAAGAGGGUGUGUGAACGAGUGAAUGCAAAUUUGUUCAGAUUAAGCUAGAAAGGUUUAAAAUGGUAUUGUAGUACAAGUAGCUUCAUCCUAUACAGGACUGGGUUUUGUAGUCAACAGUACUAGUGUUAUACCUGAGACUUGCAUUGAAACUUCAACACCACACAAGUAAUAUCCAGCAGUAUGGAGACAUUGUAAUGACAAGAGGGUUGUUUGUUUUAUAUUUCUAUUUUCAUUUUAAUAUAAAUAGAUUUUUUUUUUUUAUUGUUGUUCUACAGUUCAGUAGCAAUUACAGCCUACUUUACAGGAUUCAUUCCAAGUAAAAGUAAUUCAUUAACAUUAAAACCUAUAAAUCAGUUCCACCCAUUAAGUUCAAUAUAGUAAUGUUAGUUUCAUAAUAAGGUAUUUUUUUUUUUUACUUUUGUUUUAAUCUAAUAAGUGAUCAGUAAAGCAACUAAUUACUUGAGAGCUUACCAGCAUGUGUUGAGAUGCAGCAGCCUAAACAAAGUUAAAAGAAGGGAACCCUUUUUGACUGAUGCCCCAUAGAAAAUACUGUUAAACUCUAUGUAAGGCAAGCAGUUGAUCAGUCAGUAACUGAGUGCUUGAAACAAACAUUAUUCAGAUAGACUUCAUGCAAUACAACAUUUCAGGUAAUUUGUAUUUAAACACUUAGUAUUCAGCCUAUACCAAUAUAUUUAUAAAACAAAGCCUGUUUUUUUUUGUGUGUUAGUAGAGGUAAGCUAAAGACUCCUUAUGCUUUAAGUGGUCUCUGAGGAGGAAAAACCCAACUAGCGUAUGAAACACCGGAGAAAGAGUUGAAGCCACUCACGCAGUAUCUAGCUCCAGUCCUAUGUGGGAAAGUUUCAAAGCAAAUCUGAAUGAGGGGCACACCUGGGAGAACGUUCCGCCAGGCAGGAGGAGUGUUUGCGAUCGCCAUCUACCCUGCAUGUGGCUCUUACCCCCAAUCAUGAAUGCAAAUCCUUUCUAAAAUCAUGUAGGCAGAAAAAUUCCCCCUUUCUUUUAUGAUCGGUACUUGUUCAAUAUAGUGAUAAAUCUAAAAACAAACAAUAGGUUCUCUUUGGUUUGGCUAGUUUAACAAUGAUAUAGAAAAGAAUUGACCCUACUUGAAAGAUGAGCUCUAGAAAGUGGAUAGGGGUCUACCACACUCUUAAAGGACACAUCUAACACAAAAUCCAGUCAGGUAUACCUAUACUGGAGCCAUAGCUGUAAUUUGUUCUGGUCAUUUUUAGUAAUAAAGGUACUAUGGUUGCCAUGCUUAUAAAUCACCUGCCCUUUGAGGUACUCCAUGUAUAAUAAUGUACAUUUGAAAUAUUUAUAUUGCAGUAUGUAAAUAGUGUUUGAUUUUUUUUUCUGCGUUAUAAAAAAUAAUAAAACAAUUAAAGUGCUGUGUGCUUGGAUGACUGUUGACCAAUUAUAAAUGCUCAAAUAAAACAAUGUAGCUGCACCCAAAUGAUGGGGAAAUGAA